AUGCUGAUCAAUUCCGAAAGUGAUGAAGGCAAUGGUGAUACGGUGACUGAAUCGAAGGCCAAGGAAAGCCUGACCAUUGAAAGCUCCGAUUCUGUGGUUCCCGAUGUAACUCCUAGCGAAUCAUCCGCUGUGAGCGAUAGCAACAACACGACGGAGGAGAUUAAAAACGAAGAAGAAAGCGUUGAGCGAGGCGAUGGCGACAAAGCUGAGCGAGACGAUGGCGAUAAAGCUGAGGAGAAAAAUGGCGUUGAAGAGAAUACCCCACUGUUGAUAAAGUCAAAGCAAAAGAAAAUACCGAUAAAUGCUGAAAAGAAGCCGGGUGGAGGUACAGAAGACGGAGUCAUAGAUGAUGAAGAUUCCGAAGAUGAUUCCGACUUCAACGAAGCCGAAGAAGAAGCAGAAGACGAGGAAUGUGAGGAUGAGGAUGAGUGUGAUUCUGAUGACGAUACUGAAGAUGUUGGAUGCAUCCCAGGAGGGUUAGAAACGCCGGGAGAAGAUUCUGGCACGACUGCUUGCGUUUGCCUUAUG